AUGGCAGCUCACGGCUACUACGACACCGGCUACGGCAACCAUCCGCCUACCUACGACCAGGCGUACCCUCCGACAGACUCGGUCAAUCGCCAGUCUCCCGCUCCCAGCUACUCCGGCGCCGGUGGUAAUCCCUACGUCUCGCCGAACGCCGAUCCGUACGACCUCCGUCAUAGUCAACAGUCGCUAGGCUCGGACCAGGCGCCAUACGUUGCCGGUGGCCGGCUAAACGAUCACGAUCAAUACGCAGAGAAUAUCCCACUGAAAUCCCAGAAUCAAUACGCCAACGCUCCUCCCCCGGGAGAUUGGAUGCAACAACCGACACACUACCCGCCGCCCGAGAUGAUCGAACCGCCAGCCCCGCGACCCGGGCGCAAGAAGAAGGGGUUCUUUAAGAAAAAGGUUCCGUGGGUGACUUACACACUCACGCUGGUGAUGAUUGUCGUUUUUAUCGUCGAGUUGGUUAAAAGCGCGCAAUUAACGGGAUCGCCGAUUCAAACAAAACCCCAAAUCAACCCGAUGAUCGGUCCGUCGGCCUAUCUUCAGAUCAGCAUGGGCUCUCGGUACACGCCGUGUAUGAAGAAUGUCGACAAGGUGCAGAACGCGAAUGAGCAGUUCAUGAUGCCCUGCCCCAACACCACGACGAACGAGUUGGAUUGCAGCCUCUCUGAAUUGUGCAGCUUUAGCGGAGUUCCGAAUCCUAAGCCGCAUGGAUCGCUCGACGACAACCCCUCCCCCAAUCAGUGGUACCGCUUUAUUAUCCCCAUGUUCCUUCACAGUGGAUUCGUUCAUAUCGGCUUCAACCUGCUGGUGCAAAUGACCAUGGGCGUGGACAUGGAGAGAAUGAUCGGAUGGUGGCGAUACGGCCUGGUCUACGUGGCCAGUGGUAUUUGGGGAUUCGUGCUUGGCGGUAACUACUCGGCGCCUUUCAUGAGCGCAUGCGGCUGCUCCGGCGCUCUCUUUGGCAUCCUUGCCCUCUUCCUUCUGGACCUUCUCUACACGUGGAACGAGCGGCAAUCUCCGUGGGUCGAGUUUAUCAUCAUGAUUCUCGGAGUGGGCAUCUCCUUCGUCCUGGGCCUGUUGCCGGGGAUGGAUAAUUUCUCCCACAUUGGCGGGUUCGUUAUGGGACUGGCUCUCGGACUCUGCAUCAUGCGGUCUCCGAACGCUCUCCGAGAGCGCAUCGGACUCGCUCGCAAUCCCUACGUCGCCAUGAGCGGAGGCGCUGGCGCGGGACCGGAGCCGGAGAACAAGGUCACAACCGCGGGUCCCAGCUUUGCCAACUUCUUCAAGAGUAAGAAGGGUGGUUCCUCGGAGCCUUCCGGUCCUCUGGGCUUCUUCAAGGGCCGCAAGCCUCUAUGGUGGGCCUGGUGGUUGGUCCGAGCGGGCGCCUUGGUCGCCGUUCUGAUUGGAUUUAUCUUCUUGAUUGUGGACUUUUACAAGUACCACUCGUCGAAUUGCUCGUGGUGCCACCGGCUGAGUUGUCUGGACUCCCUCCGAUCCAUCGUGGAUAUCUUUCGCCAUCCAGUGACGUUCCACCUCAACCGGUCUCUAAAUGACCAUGGCAACCUUAGCCACCUCCCCGCCUUCAUCUCCGUCCUGGUCGAAACGACGGCCGCGGGCCUGGGCUCUCCGAUGCGAACGCUACUGCUGUGCGGCCGCCUCUUUUUUCCCACUAGCAUUCGUCUACGGUCUCACGACAUGGGCCGUCUACGUCUACCGAGUUCGAUCAUCGGCGUAUUCCUUUAUAUCUGCUUAAAUGCCUCAUAUACAGUCGCUGUCUUUACCGACCCUGGAUCGCCCUCCGGAUCACGGAAUGGUCGCCACGAAUAUAGCGCUCUCCCUAUCACCGAACUCCCCGAAUAUACGGCCUACACGGUGAACUCGACGGGCGGGUCGCGGUUCUGCAAGAAGUGUCAGUCGCCCAAGCCGGACCGCACCCAUCACUGCUCUACCUGCAAACGAUGCGUCCUGAAGAUGGACCAUCAUUGUCCGUGGCUGGCCACGUGUGUCGGACUGCACAAUUACAAGGCUUUCCUCCUCUUCCUCAUCUACACGUCGAUCUUCUGCUGGGUGGAUUUCGUCGUGGCGUCCCUGUGGAUCUGGACCGAGGUGUUGAAUGACACCCAGUAUAUGGAUACAAUGUUGCCGGUGAACGUCGUGUUGCUGGCCAUUCUGGGCGGGAUCAUUGGGCUGGUGCUGUCGGGAUUUACUAUCUGGCAUAUCAGUCUCGCCGUGCGUAACCUGACGACCAUCGAGUGCUUGGAGAAGACGCGCUACGUCUCUCCGUUGCGGAAAGCGCUGGAUCGCCACCGAUUCCACCAUGAGGCCGGCGGCAACGGUAACGACGACCCCCAUAGCCUCGGCCACCGUCUGCAGGAUUACGGAAACCAAAUAUUGGACGCUCACGCCAACGCGAUUCCCGGUGUGACCAGACCCGAGGAGGGAGAGGAACAGCCGGGUAUGACACCGGCCCAGCGGGCGCUUUCGCGGUCGUACGCAGAGAUGGAGAGGGAACGUGAGAACGAUCGAUACCAGCAGUAUCUGCACGAGCAGGAUAACGAGAAAAUGCCCAACGCAUUUGAUAUGGGCUGGCGGCGUAACCUGGUCCAUCUGUUUGGUCCCCGGCCCCUUCUCUGGGCCGUUCCGGUCUGCACGACCACGGGAGAUGGAUGGCACUGGGAGCCGAGUCCCAAGUUCAUGCAAGCUCGCGAGUCCAUCCGGGAGCGCAGGGAGCAGGAGCACGCCGACCAACAGCAGUACCAGCGGGACCUUUACCAGCGCAACAUGCACAACAGCCAGGCAUGGGGCAUCCCCGCGAACACCUCGCCACCAAACCAACCGCCAAACGCGUACUAUCAGGAGUCGGAUCGGCCGGAUACCGGGGUUUCGAUGAAGACGUUGGCACCGAUGUCCCCGCGGCCGCGACCGGGGGAUAGCGAUUAUGAAGACGCGGAGGAGGCCGAUUUGCUUUCGAAGCCGCGGGGUGCGAGCAGUCCAUAUCGCGCUGGCGACCGCAGUCGUGGUACCCAAGGCCAGUCGCAGUCCGAUGAGUGGCGGGACUGGGAUUAA